GGGCUCCUCUGGCGCCUGGGAUCUGCCCAUGGAAGGGGAUCUACUUCCUUCUUCUGGGCCCUGUCCAGGGUGCAGCUGGGAUUCUCUGGCCUGUAAUGCCCUGAGCACUUCUUAUACUAACCAGGUGUAAUAGUUAAAAUUUAGGGGAGACUGAGGCAGAUAGAAAUUAGUUUUUCUCUGCAAGGAGUAUUAUAUUUUUUAGAGGUUUUACUAAAGUUAAGGAUUAAAGAAAAUACAGUAUAAGAAAAAUGUGCCUAGACCACAGAGGCCUAGACAAGACCUCACCUACAUUAUGGAAAGAGCCACAUCUGCCCCAAAACGGAAGUCCAAGAGAGUGAGAAGCCCUUGCAAUCAGGUUAAAUACCUUCUCGAUCUCGGCCCAGGUGAGAUUACAAGGCAUUCUGGGGAAGUGGAGCAAAGGCUUGUGGGGGUUGAAGUCCAGAGUUCGAGUCUAUUUUUUACAUAGGCCAGAAGCCAGGCUGCCCCUGCUGUGAAAGGCUCUCGUUAUGUUUGUCUAGGAAUGAAGGGCUUUACUGCGUGGACCCAGUCCAGCUCUGCUCCCUCAGGCCACAGGGGCCUUCUCAAGGCUCAGGGGAAGUUCUUUAAGUCAGGAAAUUUCCCAAUACCUACCUCAGUGUCCUUCUGAACCUACUAAGUCCUGUGUAGCAAAGCCAGGGCAGGUUCUUAGACUGUGAAGGAACAACUGACAUGAAUUACAGAAAGAGAGAAAGAAAGAAGGAGAGAGAGAGAAAUGGGGAACCAGAGAAAGGCUUUUGAAAUUCCUCACUCACUGGUGAGGUGCUUAUUAGGAAAACUGAUACACACUGAUUACACAAUUGACCUCGGCGAUAGGCAGGGGCAGCAGUACAACUGGCUACUUCAAAGAUGGGAGGUCCAGUUUAACACAGGUUAGCCAAAUUUUUGUUCCAGGAGAAACUACUAUUUUUUUAUGGCUAUGUGGCUAUUGAUAAAGAAGUUGGGAAGAGAGGAGAACUGAGAUUCUUGCAGACACUGUUUGAUAUGCUUAAGCCAAGGAUUCUUGUAAUGCUGAUUAGGAAGGCUAAGGCCUUGCUGAUGCCAACAAGGAUGCGAUCUCUGAGCUGGAGUCAGGGGAACCACAUUGGAUUCCAACUGGUAGUGUCCUAAGAACCUGCUGGCCAGAUUGGGAGACUAGGUCUCAGAUUAAGGAAUCAUCUCCUAAAAUGUGUAUUUCUAUGGAAGCCUUAUCCCAGCAAAAGUUAUUGGGGGAUGAUCCAAGUAUCUCCAGGAUGAGGAAAGCCUGGGAGUUUGGUGAUAGGUUGAAGAAAAUGCAGAGCAUGGAGGAGCAACCUUCUAGACAAGUAAAAACAAUCCAAGAAGAACUUCCUAAUGAGGUCAGAGACUCUGAAUUCAGUAAAUAUGGUCUGUCCUCUAACCCAGAGCCAGGCCUUUUUCCCCAACAGGGAGCAUCUGUACUUAUGAAGUGCCAUAAAGGUGAUAACCAGAGAGAGAGUUCCACCAUGUAUUUAAACCAAGGACAGUAUAAUCAAAUCUAUUCCAGGAAGAAAUGUCCUAAGGUUAACCAAUGUCAGAAAAUGUUGGGUCAUUCUUUGGGCUGCAUAAGAAAACAUGGAAUUCAUUCUGAAAAGAAAGUUCAGGAGAAGGAAGAUUCUUUCCCCCAAAAUAAUGAACUUAGUCUGCACCAGAGAACAGAUACAGGACAAAAGUGUAAUCAAUUAACUCUAUAUGGAAAGACUGAUCAGGCUCAGCAGUCUCCUCUUCAGAAUACAAAGAAACCAUAUAAAUGCAGUGAAUGUGGAAAGGCCUUGCAGUGCAAGGAGAGUCUUACAGUACAUUACAGAAUUCAUACUGGAGAGAAACCUUAUGAAUGCAGAGAAUGUGGAAAGGCUUUCCGCCAGCAGACUGAUCUUAUCCGCCACAAUAGGAUUCAUACUGGAGAGAAACCUUAUGAAUGCAGCGAAUGUGGGAAAUUCUUUGCCAGGACCAUAACACUAAAACGUCAUCAGAGUACUCAUACUGGAGAGAAACCCUUUGAAUGCACUGAAUGUGGGAAGACAUUCCGAAGAAAUUCUCACCUUUUAAGUCAUCAGAGGAGAAUUCAUGGAGGAAUUAAACUUCAUGAAUGUAAUGUAUGUGGGAAAGCAUUCUCUGGGAAGUAUGAUCUUACUACUCACAGUAGUAUUCAUACAGGAGAGAAACCCUAUGAAUGCAGUGAAUGUGGAAAGACCUUCCGUGUGAAGUCAAAUCUUAAAUUUCACUUCAGAAUUCAUACUGGAGAAAACCCUUUCAAAUGCAGUGAAUGUGGAACUGCCUUUUACAGUAAGUCAGAUCUUACCAAGCAUAAUAGGAUUCAUACUGGAGAGAAACCUUUUAAAUGCGAUAUUUGUGGAAAAGCUUUUUGCAGAAAUACUGCACUGACCCAACAUCAGAGAAUUCAUACUGGAGAGAAACCUUUUAAAUGUGAUAUUUGUGGAAAAGGACUUCCCUCUAAAUCUAGCCUGAACCAUCAUCAGAAAACCCAUAUUGAAGAGAAACCUUUUUUGUGCAGUGUUUGUGGGAAAGGUUUUCCUGGGAGAAAAACACUGACUGCACAUCAAAGAACUCAUGCUGGAAAGAGAACCUAUGAAUGCAGGAUUGAGGAAAGAUCUUCCCCAGGAAGUCAUCUUACAUAUUGAAAAAUACCUUUUGAAUGCUGUGUCCACGAAAAUAUGUUUUUCAAGACUUUUAAUUGCCAAAAGCAUAAAGAUACUUUUGAGUGUCUUGAGUUAAAUCAAAAUAAGUGGUCGCCAUGGGAAAAAUUCCCAAAUAUGAAAUACCCAAGUCAGCUGGUUUUUUAUGGAGAUUUUAAUUAAUAUGAAUAAAGGAAUUAAAGAAAGGGAGAGAGAGUAAGAGGAAAUAAUAUGAAAUGGCUAGGCCUUUAUCUUUAAGAGAGGAACUAAAAAUUCAGUCUUUAAUCACUCACCACAAGAUUUUGUUUCAAGCAAGCUCUAGUGUUCAGAGAGACCCUCUAGUUUAGCUCCCGAGUUCAACUAAGUUCAGCCACCGAGAGACCCUCCAAUUCAGUUUCCUAAGAUGAACUAUUCCAAACUCUCCUGAACUGCUUCAGACAGUUCCUUUUAAAGAGAAUUUUCUCCUAUGUCACCUCCCCUAAGUUUUCACAUCUACCAAUCACAGUAGAUGCUUUUUCCUAGGACUGACCAUUCUUAAUUCACAUCUUGUUAUCACCUUCUUAAUUCACAUCUUGUUAUCACCUUCUCUGAGUAGACUAAAACUUCUGAGUAAGCUUGCCCUUUUAGUGAUUAAUUUGACCUUCAUAGGUACUUAGCACCCUUUUGUAUUAGAUCUAAAAAUAGACCUAGCUUAAGGGCUUGGCUUCACUAUAAGUAUGAGUUAAGUACUUUUUCAUUGUUCAGUAAUGAGUUUUACAACUUUAUCUUCCCCUAAGGAAUGCCUAAGUAUGGGUGGAAUAAUGUAAAGUUCUCAAUACAUUCCUGAUCAAGUACUUCCAUUGUUUAAAUGGGGAAUAACCUUAACCAUAACCUUCUAAAGUGGAGUCUGAGAAACUGUAAGAUUCAGAAUGUGAAGGUUGUGGGAAAACCUUCCCCCCAGAACACUCUUCACAUCAGAAAACACAUAUUUAGAGAGAAACAUUGAGUGCGAUGUAUGUGGAAAGCCUACACCCAAAGUAAAAGUCCUUGCAUAAGAACAUACAUACUCAGUGGAUUGAACACCCGGCCUAGAGAUGGGAGGUCCUGGGUUCAAAUCUGGCCUCAGACACUUCCCAGCUGUGUGACCCUGGGCAAGUCACUUGACCCCCAUGGCCUAGCCCUUACCACUCUUCUGCCUUGGAACCAGUACACAGUAUUGAGUCUAAGAUGGAAGGUAAGGGUUUAAAAAAAAUGCAUACUACAAAGAAAUCUUAAGAAUGUAAUAAAUGUGGGAAGGCAUUCCUCUGCAUCUCAACUACUUACUCAAAAUGAAAGAAUUUCUAAUGGAAAAACCACAUUAAUAUAAUCAUUGAAGCAAUACUUUUCUCUAGAAGGGUCUCCUUGAUAGGUUUUCUCUUAGUAAUAGUGAUCCAUUUCUCAUUAGAAGGGUGGUUGGCUAGAGAUGCAAAGGAGGCAUGUACUUUAAUCAGUAACCAGUAAAUUGAGUUCCCUUGACCAAAUAUAAUUGUUAACAGGGAGUUUUUUUAUUGGGGAGAGGAGAGUCAUUGAUGACAAUGGUGUAUCCUAAUAGUUUAGGGACCAUCAAUAAAACAAAAACUAGUCUGUGUGGAGCAUAGAACUUCCUAAAUAUGCUUCCAACAUGAUGGAUAGGGGAGAGACAGUUUAGUCAGGUAGAUGCAAUGAGAGCAGUUUAAUGACUGCUUGAAUGGUUAUGAAGAAUUUAAAAGCAGCUUGGAGAGUGGUCAGACUCCAGUCUCUUGGGGAAUUGUGCAGAAGGAAUCUUGUUCCAUCUAACAUUUUUAUCAUUGUCUUGAGGUAAUAUAGGUAGUACUCUGUAAUGUUAAAGCACCCUCUACAUGCAAUCUCUUAUUUAAAGGCAUAGAUGAUCUGCUUAUCCAGUUGAUUGCUGAACCAGGAAAAGGUUGCUUUGCUUUGUCCUUUCCCCUUAAUCCCCUUUGAGGGAAGCUGGGAAUUUCCUGAAGGUUUGGUGAGUCAAGUGUGUAUCUCAAGAAGAAAGAAUAGGUGGAACCUAGGACAGGUAGUAAAGACUUUACAAAUAUGGUGCUUCCAAGAGUCCUAUGCUGAUUGCCAUUGUGGAAGUCUUGCUGAACCCCUUGAUGGCAUUGACCUUCUCUAUUCUUGUCUUUGGAUCCCCAGGACCUAUAACCUAAAGCCUGGCACAUGGUGUAACAGUGAAGAUGAACUAACUAGGGAAACAGGUUUACUCUUCUGAGCAGAUCCAUGUACUAAGUAUUGCGUGCCAAUUGCCUAAUCAUGAAAGUGUUAAAGAUGUAUUCAGAAGCUGACUAAUGAGCAACGAACUCUUGGACCAGACUUAGGGAUAUUUCAGAUUUCUGAUGUUUCACAUGAUUGAUUUCUGAAUCCCUGAAUUCGAUGGGGCUCAAAUUUGGUGGAACUCAAACCUCUCCCCUUGUCUGAAGUCUGGAAGGCUGGCGUGUAAUUUCUGUAGCUUGUUUGUAAUGGCAAAGAUACAAACUCAACAUUUGAAUGAGAUGGUGUCAGGGCCAUAGAGGAGGUAGGACUUCCUUCUGGUCGGGGCACUGUUUAUGCCAUUAUGUUGGUAUCCUUUCUUUUCCUUGUUGCUGAUUGCCAAUAUGAUGCUAGCGUUUCCAUCACAUCACCUGUUUGAUUGACAAUCCCACAUCCCCCAUUCCUAGAAACCUCAGUAAAAUUCAGUUCAGCUGUCUGACAAUCCCUCUCUCUAUCCAUCAGAGGAGGAGCUGGCAGGCUGGACGUGAUGCUGAAGAAUCCUGUGUCUGUCUGUUUUCUCUACCUAUGUCCUUUCUUAAUCUUUAACCCUUCCACCCCUAUUCCCUCAGUCCCCAGCUUCCCUUCCAGGUGCUCAACCCAUACAAGCUGCUACAAUAAUAAUAGACUUAAAUGACCACCCAAAGUGAUCUGCAUUCACUAGCUAAAUCAGCACUUGCCACUAAUUAAGAAUCACCCAAGUGAAAGAUAGGAACUUUUUUUCCCUAUCUUUUUCUCCCUACAAAAAGGCCAUCUACUAAGGCUCGGGGUGUCUGGUUCUGAUGGGACCCCAGUCUGGCUUUAUUGUGAGCCGGGCCUCCUCUCAAUAAACUUUGUUCUUACAUA